UAGGCACUUCGCACGUCGGGGAGUGCCCGGCCCGCCCCUCCCCCGCUCCAGGAAGUGCGGGGGCUCCAGUCGCCCGGCCGGCCGCGAUGCAUUCUGGGGAAGUAGCAGCACCAGAUCCAAGAUGGCGGCCAGCAGGAGGCUGAUGAAGGAGCUUGAAGAAAUCCGCAAAUGUGGAAUGAAAAACUUCCGUAACAUCCAGGUUGAUGAAGCUAAUUUAUUGACUUGGCAAGGGCUUAUUGUUCCUGACAACCCUCCAUAUGAUAAGGGGGCCUUCAGAAUCGAAAUCAACUUUCCAGCAGAGUACCCAUUCAAACCACCGAAGAUCACAUUUAAAACAAAGAUCUAUCACCCGAACAUCGAUGAAAAGGGGCAGGUCUGUCUGCCGGUAAUUAGUGCUGAAAACUGGAAGCCAGCAACCAAAACCGACCAAGUAAUCCAGUCCCUCAUAGCACUGGUGAACGACCCCCAGCCCGAGCACCCACUUCGGGCUGACCUAGCUGAAGAAUACUCUAAGGACCGUAAAAAAUUCUGUAAGAACGCUGAAGAGUUUACAAAGAAAUACGGGGAGAAGCGACCUGUGGACUAAACUCUGCCGCGACUGAUUCCAGCGAGUGUGAGCGGAGAUCCCAAGCAGCGCAUUCAGACACCCCGCAAAGCAGGACUCUGUGGAAAAUUGACACGUUCCGCCGCCUGGCGUUUGCUUGUGGCAGUUACUAACUUUCUACAGUUUUCUUAAUCAAAAGUGGUCUAGAUAACCUGUAAAGAAAGGAUUAAAAAUUUAAGAUGUUCUAGUUCUGCUUUCUUUGUUUUAAAAAUCACUGCUUCAAUCUACUUUAAAAGAAUGGUAUUUCUUUUCUUGUCCAAAUUGAUCCAAAAUUUUCAAUUUACAUUUAGCCCUUAAGGUUAAGGAAAAAAAAAGGAGAAAAAAAAAAAGUUGCAGUUCCCUUUCUUCCCCUGCCCCUGCAACUCCCACCUUCUUGCAUUCGGUUUAUUUUUCACUUAUUCAUUUCCCCAGACUCAGGCCCAUCUCCUCCACAAAGAGAAGAGACCACUCCUGAUGAUUCUGGUGGCUUCUCUACUCCCACGUUGCACUGCCCUGUGUGGGAGUUGGUUCAAAUUCUCCUGGCCCCAAUUUAUAACAUCCUUUUAAAAAAUUUUAAAAACAAGCAAACUACCACUCACCACCCCACCAACUCCCCCUCAUCACCCCCCAAAAAAAAACUUCCGUGAAAAGGGAGGCCCAGUUCUAAUGUAAAAAUCCGGCUGGUGUUACCACAAUAACGUUGAUUAAAUGGGCAAACCCUGAUGUCUGUGUGCGUGAUUGAACUUUGGCCUGGCCUGAUUGGGGUAACCCAUGUCUGUGGUGACCCCAGGGGAGGGCCUGCCCACCAGAAGAUGCUGGCACUUGUGUGAGCUGGCACUUGUGUGAGGAAUUUCUCGCCAGAGAGGCUCCUGAAGCCAAAGGUUGACACUCCUCCCAGCAGCCAUUGUAGAAGAUGUGUCAGUGCAGGCAACAACGCCAAAGCCAGAAUGUCCAUGUGAAAUUCCACGCUCACCUGUCACCGAGCUCCAUCUGAAUGUGCCACGGAGCUCCCUCUCCCAGCUCCUCAGUGCAGCGCAGCCCCACUGCGACCCUCCCUUGGCACAGUUUGACCCUUUGCGGGGUUGGAAUUGGCUGGAGUUGGCGGGACUCGGCUGUAGCCAGCACCAGUGUGGGGUUGUUGGCACCCUGCUGGCCCCUUUCUUCGGAGGAGCAGCCGGCCAGCCCAGGAACAAGACGGCCUUCCCCCUCCCUCUGGACUCACAGCCUUUGCAGAGUCAAGCUCCACUUGAAGCUCACUCAAUAAUAUCCUUUACAUGUGUUUUAUAUUGUUUUGACUGCCUUUUUUUGUAGAAAUAAAAAUUGACCUUAGAAUUUA